UUCCCUCCCGCUGCAGGGGCUGUUUGCGGGGUGGGGCGGGGGGUUCGCUAUGUCGGAUGACGAUUCGAGGGCCAGCACCAGCUCCUCCUCAUCUUCGUCCUCCAACCAGCAAACCGAGAAGGAAACAAACACCCCUAAGAAGAAGGAGGGUAAAGUCAGCAUGAGCAAAAACUCCAAACUCCUCUCCACCAGCGCCAAGAGGAUUCAGAAGGAGCUGGCGGACAUCACUUUAGACCCUCCACCCAACUGCAGCGCUGGUCCCAAAGGCGAUAACAUCUACGAAUGGCGGUCCACCAUCCUCGGGCCUCCGGGGUCCGUGUAUGAGGGCGGUGUGUUCUUCCUCGAUAUCACUUUCACACCAGAGUAUCCCUUCAAGCCUCCAAAGGUCACAUUUCGGACAAGAAUCUAUCACUGUAACAUUAACAGUCAAGGGGUCAUUUGCUUGGACAUCCUGAAAGACAACUGGAGCCCAGCACUAACCAUUUCUAAGGUCCUCCUUUCUAUCUGCUCGCUCCUCACAGACUGCAACCCUGCUGACCCUUUGGUGGGAAGCAUUGCCACUCAGUACAUGACCAACAGAGCGGAACAUGACCGAAUGGCCAGACAGUGGACCAAGAGAUACGCGACAUAAGCGGGUGUGGACAGUGCUUGCGUCACCUGUCUGUCACAGAAGAGAGCUGCUUACGAUUCUGAAGGGGCGGGGGAGGGUGGGAGUUGGUAAAGAGUAGGGUAUUUCUAUAACAGAUAUUAUUCCGUCUUAUUUCCUAAGAUGUUGUUGGAACUUAAGGUAUCUUGCUACAGUAGACGGAAUUGGUAAUAGCAACUUUUGAAACUGUCUGUUCUGCCAUAUUAGCUGAGACGCAGUACUGAAAAGAACGUACACUUAGACAUGGGGUUCAGCUGCUGUGUCCGUCAAUUUCACACAGCUUAAUUUCGAACAGGUUACACACGUGGCCGCUUACGUGAAAUCCCUCCAAGACGACAUACUUUUUGUUUCAUUUUUUUUUUUCUAAAAAAUUGGAAUUUGUUUUCCCUUCUUGGAAGGGAAACGUUGAUAAUUAACAGAGUUUUUAGAGACUGUCAUCUCAGAUACAUGAAACGGACACGUGGCUAUAAGACACCAUGCAGAAAAUGAGUCACUAACGUAUUUUAUUUUAUAUGCCGAUCUACUUUACUGUACCAAGGUGAAAGGUUUGGAUCCGAACUCGUGCAAACCUGUAGUGAAAUACCUUAAGCUGUUAACUGUCAGCGUGGAAUAGAAGUCGCUCAGUGGAUGGUUCUACGUUGUGGACUACUUCGGUCUGCAUUUGUUACUGUGCUAAUAAACCACAUUAAAAACAG